AAAACAAAUCCCACAAUUCCAAGAUUUUGUCAUUUCCUCUUCAGUCGCGAGGAAAGCUUUCCGUGGAAUGCAAAUCAAUGCCGUAAUUUUAGACAACUGAGCGGGACUUCCAUUUAUUCUGAAUGUUUUAUAGUUUUACACUGUAAUAACAAUGAUUAGCACAUAACCUCGAAGCGCAUGGAUACAUCACCUUGUAUCAGAGUGCCAAGACUGAGUAGUCGAGAGAAAUCACGCUCGGUUUUUGGGGUAUUCAAAUCUCAUAGCUUUGUCGUCAUUCUAGUUUGAAUUAACUCAAUAUCAGUGCAAGACUUCUGAAACUUAUAUAAUGCAAUAUUCAAAUAGAUCCACGAAAUACGGAUUUUCCCUCUGACAUAUUGAUAGAUUAUGUUUACACAAUUAGGCUUGUUGGUGACAAAGUUGAAAUCAUUCAAAUGAUUGAAGAGCAAAGAAAUAAAAGACAAUUCCAUUGAAUGUGCACCACGAGGGAGAAAUAUGUCAGGACUGGAUCAUUUUGAAUUUGUAAGACAGAUUGGUAAAGGCAGUUAUGGGGAAGUCACACUUCAGAGGCAUAAGAAGGAUAGAAAGCAGUAUGUUUUAAAAAGAAUAAAUUUAAAGAAGGCUUCAAAACGAGAGCAGCAUUCAGCAGAGCAGGAAGCAAAACUCCUAUCAAAGCUGAAACAUCCCAACAUCGUAACCUAUAAGGACUCCUUCCAAGGAAAGGAUGGUUACCUACACAUCGCAAUGCAGUUCUGUGAGGGUGGGGAUUUAUACACUAAACUCAAGGAACAGAAGGGGGUUCCCCUGGAGGAGAGACAGGUGGUGGAAUGGUUUGUGCAGAUAGCAAUGGCACUCCAGUACAUGCAUGAAAGAAACAUCCUCCACAGAGAUCUAAAAACCCAGAAUAUUUUCUUAACCAAAAGUAAAAUCAUCAAAGUGGGAGACUUGGGGAUUGCCAGAGUACUGGAUUCGUCAAGUGACAUGGCCACCACUCUGAUAGGAACUCCGUACUAUAUGAGCCCAGAACUCUUCUCCAACAAACCUUACAACCACAAGUCUGAUGUGUGGGCUUUGGGAUGUUGUGCGUAUGAAAUGGCUACACUCAAACAUGCAUUCAAUGCAAAGGACAUGAACUCUUUGGUGUAUAAAAUUCUGAAGGGCAAGAUGCCCUUGAUGCCCAAGCAAUACAGUGCUGAAUUAAUUCAGAUAAUAAAGAAUAUGAUGCACCAGGAGCCUGACAAACGUCCUUCAGUGAACCGAAUCCUCAGGGACCCCUACAUUAAAAAGAACAUCUCUAUAUUCCUAGAGGAAACCAAAAAAAGCCGUCCAUCCAGUGCUAGUCGACCUGGCAUUGUUCAAAGACCAAGGCCGAGAACAGCUCCGUCUAGCCGCCCCCCAGCUCCCCUCCCCUCCAGCGAUGUCUCCAAUGCUAAUAAUAAUUCGGCCAGUAAAAUACAGGUGCAUGUCCCACAAUCAGAGGGGGCGGACAGCGUAGACAGUGCACAGGUCAAACCACAGCCUGCUAUACUACGAAGACAUGGUCACGCACGAAAACCCUCAGAUGGAGCCAAGCAGGAUUUGUUUCCCAUUGUGGAGGAUAAAGUUGUGAGCGAAAACCGUCACAGAAAUCUAGAAUCUUCCACUAGUUCUGAGGACACUGUAAAGGCCAGCUCAGUGAGAGAGAAAUCUGAUUCUCAGUCUCCGUCAAGGAAAAGUGGAGAUUCAUCUCCAGGAAAGAAUUCCCCGAAAAAGAGAAAGAAUGUUCUGAGAAAAGGUGGUCGUGAUAGCGACAGAGACUCGCUGCCAAGUUCCAGGUCUGAGCCCAACUUUAGUGCUAGGUCAGACUCAAGUGCUUCAAGUUCUGGUGCCAAAAAUGAUGCAUUCAAAAAAGUGUAUGUUCCAAGGGAGAGCAAUCUUUCUCCCAGAGUAAGAAAGGGAAAUAACCCACCUAAACCGGUUGGUAACCCCCGUCCAUUGCCCACUCCCCCUAAGGUCAGUGAAAGUGCUGGGAUCCCCCUCAAACGACCUACUUAUGAGGAGAAGUCAGUGGAAAAUAACAAGUCCUCCAGUACCUCCAGCUCAAAAGAUGAGUCCUGCGAUUUAGAAACGCCCAGGGAACCAAAUUUAUCUGCACGACAAAGGCGUCGAGAGAAAAAUCCUGCAGGAUCAUCACUGGAGAGACCUAACUCGGCCCGCAUUCAUUUGAAAGCCCCGUCCCGUCAUGAGUCACAGCGUGUUACAAAGGCCGAAAAGAGUGAGUAUGGACCAAAAAUGUCCAAGUCCAACUCCAAGAGAGUUCGGCAGCCCUCCAUCAAAGACAGCUCAAGCUCUGAGGAAGAAACCCUCAAAGAAAACGAAGAUUUCAAAAAGGAGCGAGAGAAACACAGGGAAAAUAAAGAAAUGAAUAACUUUAUUUCACUCUUGGAUACGACCUUGAAAAUGAACAAAGCUGAUGACAAAUCCGAGGAGGAAGAUGUCAGUGAAGAUAAAGGUCAGCGCCGGGUCAGUGAGCCGUCCAAACUAUCCGACGCUGAAAUCCACAGGAGUGCAUCACUGCCAAGUGUGGAGACUCUUUGUAAUGCUGACAGGCUGACAACAAGAAUUCAGAUUCUACACAGGGACUGUGUUCGUGGAGUUGGAUUUGAUAUUCUACAUAAAGCAUUCGAGAUUCUCUCAAACAUUGAGGAUGAUGAAUUAGAGGUGGCAGAAAAAGUCUUGCCUCAGUUAGUGGACCUUAUGGGGAAGGACAAGUUCGACCAGUAUGCAGGGAAAAUCUGGCAGCUGAAAUUCUGCAAUGAGUGUUUUGAGCAACUCCCACAUUUACGAAGCUAACAGGAAGAACAGUUGAGCUACUCGUAGCUUCCAGGCAGAGACGUGUAGUGCUGGCACCAGAGCAACCUACCUACUAUAUUGAACUCAGAAACUCGCAGAAUCAGCUCUGCUGGCCUACCUACAAUAUUGGACUACAGAAACUCACAGAGUCAGCUCUGCUGGCCCUUUGUUGUAACAGUAGAAUUAUUUAGUAAUGCUUGGCAUUACGAUAAUUUACAUUGUUUGUGUAAUACACCAUUUUGACAGAUUUUCAUUCGAAACACACAUUUAGUUGCUUCUCAGGUUCGUUAAUUCGUCUGCCUGAACAGCCUGUUUUAUAGUGGUGUCUCUGUGCGAAUACUUUGACAUCCUUUGCCAAAUUAUCUCUGUACGGCUGUAAUUAGUUAAGGUUCAGAUUUCUUACGUGGUUGUCAACAUAUUUAAAAUUGAUAUAUACAUAUUUAUAUACGAUAUGGUAUGUGUAGAUGAUUAUAUGAACUUGAUUGGGGUUGUAGAUAAGAGUGUGUGUCACAUUUUUCAGAAAUAUUAGUGGUUGUGAUUGUAUGGGUAACAUGUCGCUUUUGAGACAAGUUGAUGAUCAGGUCUGAAAUAAGAAAAGAUGAACUUGAUAUUUAUUUUUCAGUACUGAACACUUGUUUAUAUUUAGAUAGUGGUCUUUUUUUCUUUAUUUCAGUCAGCUUGUAAAGUCCUGUCAUCAUAAUGUAUUCAGUUUCUAUUUCUUAUUUCUCUCUCUUUAUUUUUUUGUAUUACAAAUGCAAGGAAUAUUAUAUUAAUAAAUUAUUGAUAAAUUUC